UUUUUGGUAGAAUGUUUGACGGUCAAGUAUUAGAUAUGAUCGAAGUUGGAAUUGAAAAGGCGGUCACCAUGAAUGAAUUAAAAACACCAAAAUGUUCUGUGGGCAUGAAACCUCUCUUUAUUUUCAAUGGGUUAGAAUACGUGAUUUCUAUAACUGCUACUGGAUCCAUCACCGGUUCUGAUAGUACGACUUUUGAUGGAAAAAUUUUCUUCAGAGUUUAUACAAUCCAAAUGACAAAAUCAGGUCAGAAAAUACCAAGAGUUGAAUUAGAAGAGAUGGGACCAAGUUAUGAUUUCAAAUUUAGGAGGACUAAAUUUGCAAAAGAGGAAGUUUAUAAAAUUGCCACAAAAAUUCCCAAAACGUUAAAG